ACUACCACCAUGUCAGAAAGAAGACUUAUUAAAGAACUUAAUCAAUAUAAAAAGAAUCCUCCUUCGUUAUCAAAUCAUCAAAUUAAAUCAUUAAAUCCUAUAAAUGAUGAUGAUUUAUUUCAUUGGAAUGCUGUGAUAUCAAAACCUACUCAACAAGAUAAUCCUUGGUAUUAUAAUGGUCAAUGGAAUUUAGAUAUAACCAUCCCUCAUGAUUAUCCUUUAUCUCCUCCCACUAUUAAAUUCAUAUCCCCUAUAUGUCAUCCAAAUAUAAAUAUUAUCACAGGAGAAAUUUGUUUGGAUAUCUUAAAGAAAGAUAGUUGGUCUCCAGCUUGGAAUUUACAAUAUUUAUUAGUAGCUAUACUUAUGUUAUUAGAUCAUCCUGAACCUGAUUCUCCUUUAAAUAUCGAUCUGGCUAAUCUUUUUAAAUUUGAUAAAAUUGCUUAUGAAAGUUUAGUGCAAUAUUUU